CUCCCUGCCUGCCCCACUGGGCGAGGAUGCCUGCGGGGGGACGUGGCUGCUAAGGACCAUCCCUCGCUCCCUCCUCCUCCCGCGAUUCCGGCGGCUCAGAUGCUGCAGGUCUCCCCGGGCAGCGCCGCACCGGGCCGGGCCCCGCAGAGAGCCGCGCCUGGGGGGGGGCAGGAAGAGGUUUGUUGCUGGACCCCCCGGGAGAGACGAGGAUUCACGGAUUCACCCCGCCCCGGGAUCGGGCUUUGCUGCAGCGCCCGGCCGGGGGCCGAUGCUCCGGGCGGCCCAGUGACCCCCCCCGGCAGGAGAUCCGCUGGCGCAUCUUCCCUGGACCGGCUCCCGAGUAUCUCCCCGUGGGGGGGACCCGAGAUCGCGGCGGGAGGGGGGGUCGCCGCCUGCCCCCCCCCCUCCAGCCACCUCCGCAGCGGGGGGGGGCUCUGAGUGCAGAGAGGGGGGGCCCCGCCCGGAGCCUCUAGAUCGGGGGGGGGCGAGGCUGCCGCCCAGGUAGCCAGGCGAGGAAGCGCCAUCGCCAGCAGCAGCCGCCGGCUCCCUGCGGCCGGUGCCAGCCCGGAUCCGUCCUCGUCCCAGCCCAUGGCCCGGGGGCUGCAGCCGCCGGCGAUCCGGGAGCAGCCCUGAGCCCUCCGGCCCAGGGGCUCGCCCGGCUCCCUGCCUGGCUCCCGGCGGCGGGACGCGAACCUGCGCAGCAGCCCGCCCCCCGCCAGCGGGCCUGGCCGGCGAUUGGAUUAGAUGGAGCUCGGCGCGGCUGGCAGCAUCCUCCUGGCGGCUGGGCUCGAGCCUGCUGCUGCCUCGCCUGCCCGGGCUGGCCAUGCAAGACUGAGCCUUAAUUGCCUGCACGGAAGCGCUCCGCAAGACUGCUAAUUAAGUGCACGCGUGCCAGGCUGUUAAUUGCAGGCACAGGACAGGGCUGCCAUGCAACGCUGCUAAUUAGCGGUGCCUCCACAUCGCAGGCAGCCGGCUGCCCUGCCAGGCUGCUGGGGAAUGGCCUCCCUGCCAGACGGUGCAUCAGUUGCAGGCAUGCAGGGUUGCUAAUUAGCUGCAUGCAGGGAUUUGCACUUGCAGCCCCCUUCCUUUAACUGCCUGGCUCCCUCCCUGCUGGCUCGUCCCUCUGCCUGCCUCCCUCAGCAUGGGCACCGUGCUGUCCGUCUCGCCGGGCUCCCGGAAGGCCAGCCUGUACGAAGAGGGCUCCUCCGGCUCGCUGGCGCACUACCCGGGCGUGCCGAGCGCCAAGGGCAGCGGGCAGAAGGCGGACAAGACCCUCAAGCGCCACUCCAUGUUCAUCCCGGCCUUGACCUGGAAGCGGCUGGUGGCCUCCACCAAGAAGAAGGGCUCCCGGGGCGGGGGGAAGGGGCCCGCCCACCAUAACAACCACCCCCCACCCCAUGCCAAGGACGUGGCCCUCCUCAACCACGAGAACGUCAAGAAGUCGCUGUCCUGCGCCAACCUCGCCAGCUACGAUGGGGGCGGGGCGCCCCUGGCUCCGCUCAGCGCCAAGCGCAUCUCCACCACCUCCGUCUCCUCCCUCAAGCCGGGCGCCUGCCUGGGCGGGGGCAGCUCAGCCUCCCCACGGCGCGUGGUCGUCCAGGCCUCCACCAGCGAGCUGCUCAAGUGCCUGGGCGAAUUUCUCUCCCGCCGGUGCUACCGCCUCAAGCACCUGUCACCCACGGAGCCCAUCCUGUGGCUGCGCAGCGUGGACCGCUCUCUGCUGCUGCAGGGCUGGCAGGACCAGGCCUUCAUCACCCCGGUCAACGUGGUCUUCGUCUACCUGCUGUGCCGGGAGGUGAUCGACGGGGACUCGGUCUCCAGCGAGCACAACCUGCAGGCGGCGCUGCUCACCUGCCUCUAUCUGUCCUACUCCUACAUGGGCAACGAGAUCUCCUACCCGCUCAAGCCCUUCCUGGUGGAGGCAGCGAAGGAUGCCUUCUGGGACCGGUGCCUGCGCAUCAUCAAUGCCAUGAGCGGCAAGAUGCUCCGGAUCAACGCCGACCCCCACUACUUCACCCAGGUCUUCGCCGACCUCAAAAACGAAGGCAGCACCCGCGAGGACUUGGCUCGUGUCCUGGACCGGUGACUGGCUCGGCACCCCAAGGACCCACUGCCCCCCUCCCCGCCAACCUCGUGUGCAGCGCAGCCCUCUCCCUGCUAUGACCUUUAAAAACCAGCUUGCAGUGAGCCUGGGAUUUUCCUCUGACUCGCCUGGGCCAGAGCUCCCCCGAGCCAGGCCAGACUCAUCCAACCACUUACAAGGAAUCUGGCUUGGCUGUCCCCCCGCUCCGUGAGCCAACAACAAGGGGUGUCUGUGUGCAGCGUGGGGGAGGCAGCCUUCAGCUCCGGUGUCUGUGUCAGAGACAGAAAAGGAGCAGCCAAAGGCCAAUAGUUUGAUUCCCUUUUAAUAGGCCAAUAAGUGCCUGUAGGUUCCCUCCUCCCCCCCCCCGCCCCCCAGUGCCACGUUCGUGGCUUGUUAAUGUCUUCUUCUUUCGGGUCUACUUGGGAUGCAUUCCAAAGCGAUGGGGAGGAUCUCAAAUAUGCACGGAUGCUCGGACGCGCUCUUUAGCUUCGGUCGGUGAUGUAUUUGUACAGGUGUGUUCUUCCCUUCGAACUAGCUCUGUCUUGCUUAGAAAACCUCCCGCCCCCUCCUUGCCAGACACUGGGCCAGCCGGUGCGUUGUACUGUCUGAUAGUGCCAGUCCCGCUGGAUCCUUCCUUUUUGUACCUGUCUGACCUCUGCAGCCUGCACUUGGCGCUGGCUGAGGCCUCUGUCCCAGGACGGGGACAAGUAGCUGAUGUCCCCUCCUAAGGAAUCUCCAGAAGGGGAGGACGUUAAAGUGCAUUCCUCGGGUCAGGAUUGAUGCAUUUUCACUGGAACCGGACUCUGCUUAUUUUUAGUAUUUGUUGUAUUUCUUCUUUGGAACCACUAUUUAUUUGGGUGGAGCUGUCCAGCCUCCUCCUUCCUCCUCUACCCCCAAAGACACGCAUGAACUCAGGGGCUUUGGGGGUAAUUCCGGACAGAAACUUGUCCCUUGGUCUCUGUACCAGGGCGUGGCCAGUGUUGCUACAGAGGCCAAAGAACCAUGAGGCUGCAGUGGGAACCGUGUGAGGUUUCACCUUGCAAUCUGGCAAUGCUCCCAACAGACAUAGGGGCCUUUGCUUUCACGCCCCUCCCGGUGCGGAAUGAAGAUGACAGUCGAUGUUUAAAGUAAAAACACUUCCCUUCCCCUCACCCCCCGGAGGUGUUUGAAAUCUGUUUGUAAUAUUUCCUAUCUCAGACUUGCCUACAUGUCCGAUUUUGAAAUUUGUCAUUGCUGGGAGUGAGCCCCCCCCCACCCCCGAUGCUCCAGGGAUGGAGCCUUGUCACAGGGUGCCAGGAGCAGUGGGGGUCAAGUAUUUUCUGCUGAUGACCGUGGCACUUUAUGCAAAAUAAAAUUGGGGAAAAACAAUCUGAAAUACAAAGUCUUCUACUGAAUGAAACAAGAGUGAGCGCCUCAGACUAGCUGGGGACGAAGAAUGCAGGCCGGACUUUCACAAUCGGGGACUCCAUCCUGGGAAGCAGCGACUCUGAAAAAGAUUUGGGGGUGGGGGUGAAUAAUCAGCUGAACAAUGAGCUCCCCAUGUGAUGCUGUGGCCAAAACAGCUAAUGUGAUCUUGAGAUGCCUAACCAGGGGAAUCUUGAGUAGGAGCAGAGAGGUUAUUGCAUGGGCGUAUGUGGCACUGGUGUGACCACUGCUGGAAUUCAGUUCUGGUGCCCACAACUCCAGAACGGGGCUGAGAAACCGAAGAGGGGUCAGAGAAAAGCCAUGGGAAU